CUGGAGGAGCACCGCCAGCGUUCCGGCACCAAUGAGCUCCCCAAACUGCUGGGGUCCUGGGACUUGGUGUUCAUUGGCAUAGGCUCCAUCAUCGGCGCAGGCGUGUUCGUGCUGUCGGGCGUCGCCGCCAACGAGCUCGCCGGCCCCGCGGUGAUUGUGUCGUACCUUGUGGCGGGCGUGGCGGCCCUGCUGUCCGCGCUGUGCUACGCUGAGAUGGCGGUGUCGCUGCCCAUAGCAGGCGGCGCCUUCAACUACAUCUGCAUCACCUUUGGGGAGCUGGCGGCCUGGACGGUCGCCUGGAACAUGUGCCUGGAGAUCACGCUGUCGGCGGCGGCGGUGGCACGCGGCUUCGCCUCCUACCUCGCCACCCUGUUUGGCCUGGCCCCCUCGGCCCUGCGCGUGUCGGUGGGCCCGGUGCAGCUGGACCCUGCGGCGGUGCUGCUCAUUGCGCUGCUGACCGCCAUCUUGAUCAAGGGCACCCGCGAGAGCAGUCUGUUCAACAUAGUCGUGUCGGCGCUGAACCUGGCCAGUAUCAUGUUUGUGCUGUGCGCCGGCUUCCCCAAGGCCCAGCCAAGCAACCUGUACGACCACGGCUUUGCGCCCUACGGAGCAACGGGCGUGCUGUCUGGCGCUGCCGUGGUGUUCUUUGCCUUCAUUGUGGCCAACGCGGCCGAGGAGGCCAAGGACCCCGCCGCCGACAUCCCGAUGGGCAUCGUGGGCUCCCUGGGCAUCGCCACCCUGCUGUACGUGCUGAUGGCGCUGUGCAUCGUGAUGAUGGUGCCGUACCAGCAGAUCGACGUGAACGCCCCCUUCUCCGCCGCAUUCCUGGCGCACAGCAUGACGUGGGCGGCGCGGGUGGUGUCGCUGGGCGCGGUGCUGGGAAUCGUGACGUCCGUUAUGACUGGCCUGCUGGGCCAGUCGCGCCUGCUGGUGGUGCUGGGGCGCGAGCGCCUGCUGCCCGCCCGCCUGGCCGCCAUCAGCGAGCGCACGGGCACCCCCAUCCAGGCGACCCUGCUGACGGGCGCCAUGGCGGCGGCCCUCGCAUUCGUGCUGGACAUCGGGGUGCUGGCGGAGCUCGUCUCCAUCGGCACGCUCUACGUCUUCUUCACCGUGUGCGCGGGAGUGCUGUACAUGCGCUUCCACCAGCGCGACAGCGGCUCCAGCCCCGUCCCCGUGCUGGCCGCGCUGGCGGGCCUGGUGGUCACGGCCCUGGGCUUCAGCCUCUCCUUCACCUUCUCCGCCCCCUGGGCCGCUGUGGCGGCCUUCCUGGGUCUGUUCCUCGCCAUCAUGGCAUCCCUGAAGCUGCUGCCCGUGCAGCACGUGCCCCAGCGCUUCCAGGUCCCGCUGUUCCCCUUCACCCCCGCCCUGGGCAUCCUCUUCACCAUCUACCUCGUCUGCAGCCUGGGCUGGCCCGCCUACGUGCGCUUCGGCGCCUGGAUGGUGGCGGGGCUGGCGGUGUACGCCCUGUACGGGGUGCAC